CACACACACAAUAAUAUUGCAGUGAAAUGCGACAAUGGUUCACAAAAACCUGCACAGUGUAGCUAUUGAUUUCUCUGUACAAAACAUUUUCAUUCUAUAGCUCCGAGUGUCCCUAGGACUUGUACUUGGCGAGCAGGGAGUUUGCCAGCUCCACGUACUUCUUCUGGGCCUCCUCCUUGCCCAUUCCCUUCAGGGCGUUCCACUUGUCCCACUUCGCCUUCCCCUUCAGGUCCAACAUGCCCGGACGCUCAGUGUUGCAGUCACCCACUGCGGCCUGCUUGUAGAGGGCGUACAGGUCCAGGAGCUCUUCGUUGGUGGGUCGCUCCGUGAGCUUCUUGAUAUCCUCGGCCGCCUUCUCAAACUCCUCUGUAGACAUGGUUCGGCGUUGCAAGUUUCAGCGGUUCUAGCUGCUGCCAGCAGAAGAAAUCGCUUUGCGAUUAUGCGCAUGCGCAAUGCCUCGUGGUUCUUCGCCUUCCGUAAUCAGACAAAAUGCCGGCCAAGAAGCAGCAGCCGGCGAAGGGAGGGAAGACACAGACAAAGGGCAAGGACGCGGCGGGGAAGAAGGCCAAGCCAGCGGGGAGCGGCGGCAAGGCCAAGAAGAAGAAGUGGUCCAAGGGAAAAGUGAGGGACAAACUCAACAACCUGUGUCUCUUUGACAAGGCCACCUACGACAAGUUGUACAAGGAGGUCCCCAACUACAAGCUCAUCACACCGGCGUGGUGUCAGAGAGGUUAAAGAUCAGGGCCUCGCUGGCACGGCGAGCCCUUGAGGAGAUGCUGGCCAAGGGAGUUGUGAAACUGGUGCUCAAGCAUCACAGCCAGGUCAUUUACACCAGGGCUCCUAAAGGAGAUGAACACUGAAUACUUCUGUCUUGUAUAGAGUUCUCAUGUGUCUUAUUGUAAGUUGAUGAAGAUAUGAGGGUAAUGAUGACAAAGUGCAAGUGAGCCUGUGAGGCU